AUGACACUUCGGGAAUUGGAAUUAUUCCCGGAAAUGGCACGUUCUCAACACAGUGUUGCCCUUUUCCUUUAUAUUAGAAAUAAAACGUUGGCACAAUGGCAAUUUGAUCCACUUUUGGAACUUACUUUGGGAGCAAUUUUAAAAGAAUUACCCGAACCAUUUAACAGUGAUGUUGAGUUAGUUACAAGUAUUCAUAAUUAUUUGGAGCGUUAUGGCUAUAUUAAUUAUGGAGUGUUUACUCGUUUAUCAGUUAGAGAAUUUGACAAAAAAAUAACAAUUGUCGUUAUUGGAGCGGGAGCGGCGGGGCUAGCCGCUGCUCGACAAUUAAAAUUCUUUGGGUUUGAUGUUAUUGUAUUGGAGGCUAGGCCUAGAAUGUGUGGACGUGUAUUUACUUACCAUAGAGGUGCUGGCCUGCCGCCUGUCGAUUUGGGUGGAAUGAUUAUUAAAGGAAUAGUUGGAAAUCCAUUAAUUACACUUAUCAGACAAACUCAAUGUAAUAUUGUAGAAAUGAACCAAAAAUGUCCAAUAUACGAUAAAGAUGGGAAAUUAAUUGAUUUACAGAAGAAUGAAAUGAUUUUAAAUUCACUUAAUAAAAUUCUGAAUACAAUUUGUUAUAUUGUUCAUGAAAUGGGAAUAACUAAAAUUGAAGAAGACUCUCCAAAUUCUCAAAAUAAUAAUAAAAAUGUUGCUAAAAAAGGAGGAAGAAAAAUAAAUUUGGGAGAAGCUAUUCAACUUAUUUUAAAGUAA